AUGUCCGACUCCAACAAUGCGUCGUCUCCGACGCAAUACAGAACUGUCGGCAUACUUCUGGCUAUUGGCUCCGGUCUGCUUAUCGGGACGUCAUUUGUGUUUAAGAAGAAGGGGUUAUUGAAGUCGCAAGCUGGACAUGCUGCUGGUGAGGGUGUGGCAUACCUUAAGUCGCCCAUGUGGUGGACUGGGAUGACGAUGAUGAUUUGUGGGGAACUAUGCAAUUUCGGUGCAUAUGCUUUUGUCGAAGCAAUAGUAGUGACCCCACUCGGCGCACUCUCAGUAGUCAUCUCCGCCAUCCUCCCCCACCUAAUCCUCAAAGAAAAACUCACACUCUUCGGCUGGAUCGGCUGCACACAAUGUAUCCUCGGCGCAAUAAUCAUCGCACUUAACGGUCCCGAGGAACAAUCCGUCUCAACCAUCACAGCAUUCAAGAAACUCUUCCUCGCUCCUGGUUUCUUAUCUUAUGGGAGCGUGUGUAUUGCUGUUUCGCUGGGAAUUAUAUUUUUCGUUGCGCCGAAGUAUGGAUCGAGGAGUAUGAUUUGGUAUAUCCUUGUUUGUUCGCUUAUUGGAGGGAUUAGUGUUAGUUGUACGCAGGGGUUGGGAGCGUGUAUUUUGACGAGUAUUAGAGGGCAGAAUCAGUUUAAAAACUGGUUUAUUUAUUUCCUCCUUGUGUUCGUCAUUUGCACACUGUUGACGGAGAUUUACUACUUGAACGUUGCUCUGGCUCUGUUUAACACUGUAACACCAACCUACUACGUCCUCUUCACAUUCUUCACCCUCGUCACCUCUAUAAUCCUCUACCAAGGUCUCAAAGCAAGCGCAUCAGCAAUAAUAACAAUCGCACUCGCCUUCCUCGUCAUCUGCUCCGGUAUCUUUAUCUUACAAAUGUCGAAAAUUGACCCGAGGAGACUGUCGAAGUUGGAUAGGAAGACGACGAUGUUGUUGCAAGCUGCGAGGGAGGAGGUGAAACCACCUGGAGAGGAAGGAGGGGAGGGAGAGAUGGAUGAAGAGAAGCUUUUGGAGGCUACUGAGGAGCCUGGUAUGGACGCACUUGCGGGGAGGUUUAGUGGACUUGGAGGGACUGUCGUUCGAGCACGAAGAAGAGCGACUUUGAAAGCUCAAGGAUGGAGAGGAAGAGGAAGAGAAAUAGGGAGUGUAGAUACCACGCGUUCUGCACCUGCACCGAGACUCGCUAGACCGAGUACGCAGAGCGGACAGAGUGGACAGUCAUCGGAGGGGAUGGAUAGUGUGCGUGCGAGGCAGUUACAUGCGCUUUGGAGGGAGGAGUGGGAUGAGAAGCGGGGGAAGGAGAACGGGGAUGGUAGUGAAACUGUCCAGACGUAUAUGGAGCCUGUUUCGAUGGAUGAAGAUGGGAAGAUGACGAGGUGGGGAGGUGUUGAUAAUAGUAUUGACGGGUUACCUUUCCCUGGCGAUCACGAACUCGGAAGAGGAGGAGAGGGAGAGAAACCACGAAUGCUCUCAUCGAACGACCAACUCGUCUCCUCACCCACCGAAACAAUAGUAAUAAACCUCCGAGUGUACAUUUCGACGACCGUCCCCGAUCUUCACGUUCAGGACGGAGUAACGACAUUCCUAUGCGUCCUGGUACGGGUGGAAGUGGUGGUGGAUCGCGUGUACGACCAGAUAUGCAUAUGCCCUUACCCACAUCUCUACCUUCACCUCCUGCACCUGCCUUAA